AUGCGCCAACGCGCUGUACUGGAAUUCUUAAUCGUUGAGGUUUUGGAACGCGUGUUGGCCUAUGCAAUGACUUGCGGGGGUCAGCCGAUGAUCAAACAAUUCGGCGAUCGAGCACCUACAAGUAACAAAUUCUUGAAAUCUCUCUAUUGGGCACUACGAGGAUGUCAGUACUGGUUAUGUUUCUAUGAUGAUGAAGCUGAAAUAGACGUCGAAGAUCUCCUGUCGAACCCAUUCAACACGCAACCACCGUCGUUGGGUCGACUCCAACAACUCACAGGUUUCAACAAGGACUGGCUGAUGUUCAUGUACAGGAAUUUUAAACAGAGAUGUUCUAACGGCCGAAUGAUGAGUAGUCAAUGGCGAGCAAUAUUUCGAAUGCUAUUUCCACAUGCAGCUGAUCAUCAAUUUGCCGAUCGAUUGUAUAAGGCAAUCACGGAAAUUCGUGGACAUCCACAUAUUACGUUUGAGGAUCUCAUCAUUUGUUUAUGGGAGAUGACCGAAGGCGCUCAGUGCUCAGAAUAUUCUCAAUCCAAACAUCCAGAUAUCUCCAUAAAAGCGGCUUUUGUGUUUGCGAUGAUGUCACCGGAUCCAAAGGGACUAGUAGACGCUGCAGCAUUUCACGAUUACGUGCGAAGUGUUUUCACUUUGUGCGGUUCGAAUCGAGAAAUGGACGCGUCGAGUGCGCUUGGUUUGCCGUCGGCAAGUAUGAACCGACGCAUGACCAUACCGGAAAUUCAAAAUCUGACCCCGUAUAUCAAACGAUUUGCUACGGAACGAUUCCGCUCCUUGGACACCGAUCACGACGGUUUCAUUACUGUAUCCGACGUCGAAGAAGAACUCAAAAAUGGACGAAAUUUUGUGCUGAUGAGCCGACGUGAUAUCGAAGAAGCGUCGAAAAAGUCUGAAGCAAACAGCUGUUCUUAA